AUGUUGCAUGCAAUCUGUUAUCUGAGCACCAAAACUACUUUAAAGUCCUUUCUUACCCCAAUAUCCAGCGACUCAAAUGCGGACUGUCACUGCCAAACAAUCCUCGACGCACGUUUCGCCUAUUGCUUCAUCAGGAGGAUUGUAAAUCAAUUGUUGUCAAGUCAAGGAAUGCCAAAAAGAGAAGAAAGGCAAACCUUAAUGUUCAGUGCCACGUUCUUCAGUGCCACGAUUUUGAAGCCAGAUUAUCUGUUUGUGGUUGUCGGACAAGUUGGUGGCGCGUGCAGUGAUGUCGAACAGCAGAUAAUUGAAGUGGAAGAGUAUGGAAAGAGGGCUAAACUGCUGGAACUUUUACAACUCAUAGGCCAUGAGCGCACGAUGGUUUUUGUGAAAACCAAAAAGAUGGCGGAUUUCAUUGCAACAUUUCUUUGUCAAGAAAAAAUCCCCUGCACAAGCAUUCACGGGGACAGAGAGCAAAGAGAGCGGGAGAAAGCUCUGGGCGACUUCCGCUCUGGACAGUGUCCUGUGAUUGUUGCCACGUCUGUUCCUGCCAGAGGAUUAGAUAUCGAGAACGUCCUUCAUGUGAUAAAUUUUGACAUCCCUGGCGAUGUUGACGAAUAUGUUCACAGGAUCGGCCGAACCGGAUGCUGCGGCAACACUGGAAAAGCCAUUUCUUUUUUUUUUUAA